CAUCAGUCCGUCAGUGCCACUGCUUCUCUCUUGCCUCUGGUCCGAUCAGAUCAGAACAGAUCACCCGUCAGCCAUGGCCGCCGACCGCCGCUUCAAGAUCUUCGCGGCCGCCGACGGCUUCGGCCAGCCGCUCAAGGACGCCGUCGUCGCGCACCUCCGCGCGCACCCGGCCGUCGCUGAGGUCGUCGACCUCGGCGUCGACAAGUACUACGCCGCCGCCGCCGCCGUCGCCCGCCAAGUCUCCUCCUCCACCUCCGAUUCGGCGCCCGACGCCCCCGAGGUCCGCGGCGUCGUCGUCUGCGGCACAGGCGCCGGCGUCUGCAUCUUCGCCAACAAGUACCCGCGCGUCUACGCCACCCACUGCGCCUCCCCCGCCGACGCCGUCAACACCCGCUCCAUCAACGCCUGCAACGUCCUCGCGCUCUCGGGGAUGUCCACGCCGCCCAACGCCGCCGCCUCCAUCGCGGACACCUGGCUCGGCACGCCCUUCCGCGCCCCCUGCCCGGCCUCCGGCGACGCGCCCUGGCCGGAGGACAUCCAGCGGUUCUUCGACGCCGCGCCGGACGAGAUGGCCGCCAUCCCCGAGGCCGAGGGCGCCCCCGACUCCGCCUGCGCCAUCUGCUGCCUCAGGAACGGGAUGGAGUUCGAGCCGGUGGGGAUAAUGCCCGGGGGCGAGAUGCGGAUCGUGCGGGAGAGCCCCACCUCGGCGUACGUCCGGUUCAAGGCCGGCAGCGUGGAGCCAGCGCACCACCACACCUUUGGCCACGACCUGGUGGUCAUCAGGGGCAAGAAGAAGGUCUGGAACCUCACCAAGAAGGAGAGCUACGACCUGGUGGACGGAGAUUUCCUCUUCACUCCGGCCGGGGACGUGCACAGGGUGAAGUACUUCGAGGACACAGAGUUCUUCAUCCGAUGGGAUGGGCACUGGGACAUCUUCUUAGAUGAGGAUCUCGACACCGCACGCAGUGCGAUUGAUGCAGAGCUUGGAGCAGCCAGCAACAGCAAGUGAGGUGACUGCAUCUUGUGCGGCUGCUAUGGUUUAUCGGAUCAGGUUGACAGAUGUAGAAGCAUUGCCUCUUCAAGAGAAAAGAAAGAAAGAUAUAGAAGCAUUGCAGUUGAGUAAUCUGAUCUCAACUAUGAAUUAGCGAACCAGAUAUUUCUGUCACUGAAAUUACAAUGGCCUUGUUAUGUUCUCUGAUAUCAUUCAGCUUACACUUUUAAAUUGGAUUACAUUCAUUAGCAUUAUUUGCUCGACAUGGUAAA